AUAACUUGAGCUUGGCCCUGCAGUCUCGAGGCACUGAGCCGUAUGUCUCAUACAAAAUGGCGACAGCCAGCCAACCCCUCCCAACGCAGUUGAUUUCGGCGGUGGACAUUCAUUUAUUUAUUUCGGUUUCCACACUGUACAGCAGUCAUCGAAUGUGCGGCAAAAGUCGGCCUUGACUUCAACGCGUUGUGAGGAGAAUGGAGCAACACGAGGAUAUUCCGUGGGGCCGAAAGUCAAAUCACAAGCCAUACAACAUCCGUCGGAAACCUAUCGCACCAAAUACCUCCAGCUACGAGCCCAUGUACCUGGAGACAUCGAGUGGUACGGCCACUAACAAUGGCAUAUGGAGGCCUCGCGAAGAGACAAACCUCACUGUAAACGCAAGGUCCGAACCUUCAAACACUCCUGGAUCGAUCAAGCUCUCCUUGAGAUCACAGAUCAGCACCUGCGACACAGAGACAAAUGCCAGUACGAAUGGCUUGCUGAAGACUGGGGUGAAUGCAAAAAUCGCUGCCAACGACGAAGAGAGCAACAUCAAAGGAUAUGCGGGUUGAGCAGCUUCAUGGCGCCCGGCUUGGCUACGUCCGCUUGUGCUGGCACUGUUUGCCAGCCUCUUCCUCUUCCUCUCUGUGGCGCUGGCUGCGAUGCUGUGGUACUCAAAUACGAACAAUGGAGUUUUCGAAAGUCGUCAGAGUCUAUUGCACACUUAUCUGUGGCGAUUUGUGCCGACUGCAUACCCGAGCCCCUACUACAUGGCACGGGCACAAUACGACUUCGACGUGGUCCAACCCUACGGGGUCACGGAAGGAUUUGCUUAUCAAACGUUUUCACCGGGAGCGAUCUUGGUCGAGGAACUGUCGUCAACCCAGUAACGGCCACCGUAGAUGGGAUUUUCACAGAUACCGAAUGCCUCAAGUUGAACUCAUACUCCAUUGUUGAGCAGCACAACAUCGACAACGUUGAGGGCAGGGGCUACCCAGAAAUGAAUUUCACCGUGGCGCUUCAGUUUGAUGGAUGCGAAGAACCAAUCCUCUUCGUACAUAAUUGGGCCUGGCAGGAGCCUGAAUUAGGACCCUACACAGAUUUGGUCAUGGAAGGGGACCAAAAAAUCCAACGACCCUGUUCUGGAUUGCCUCUACAGGUGCCAGCUUUCAUAUACUACAAUGGGGCAUUUACCCUAGGGGGCGAGAACUCGGCUCUAGCAGAGUAUCACUCAGCGGCGGGUGUCAUCUGUGAGCCGCAUGCUAGGCUGUCAAAAGUUCAGGUCACCGACGAUGGAGUGAAGCCGAAAGUGAUGGCAGUCUCCGACGAGCGACAAACUUUAUCCACACCAAACAUCUGGACAAUGAUUAACAUGUCACUCCCGACCAGUGACCGCUGGACCGGUCGCUUACUUGCGAGCUUAGGUCCAGUCAGUGUUGAUCUUGGGUUCAGGGGCUACACGAGGGCCGACUGGCCAACCAAUGUAACGACCGACAUGUUGGAAGGUUCAGCCCAAAACCUUACACGACGUCUUGCACCGUACGUAAACCAUUCCCGCGUUCGACAAAAGAAAAUCUCCACAGGAAGUGGUACAUUGCUGCAGCAUGUCGUUCGCCUUACCAUCAACCCCAAGAUUUGCCUCUCAAUGAUUGCGCUCUUCGUCUUCAGCGCUGGCAUCACUGCAUUUCUACUCUGGCAUUACCACCAGGACACCUCGAUCUGGCAUCGGGAUCCGGCGACGCUCCUCGGGAAUACAAUGUUUCUCGGUGCUCAUCCCGACCUUACAAGCCGGGCUGCAGAGAUCAACGGCGUAGCGUCGAAGUGGCACCACGGCGCCUUUACGCCCUUGGUACUGAAAACGAUAUCUCGUGUGGUAUUCUGCAUCUUCACCAUACUGCUGGCGGGUAGUCUCAUUAUCACCCUCCGACUUUCCGAGACAUCGGAUGGACUUGCAACCAUUGGCGAAGACGGCUACUUACACCUAAUGUGGACCUCUUUUCCAGCUACCAUAGCGCUCGGAGUGUCUCUCUACAUUAGCUCUUGCGAUUGGUCGUAUUGUGAUCUUGCGACUAUCUACCAUCUCUCCAGAGCUACAUGCACUUCUUCCGACCUCGAUCACUCUCUAUUGGAUAUGCUGGGAUUACGCGCGCUGUACUACUCUUUCCGUUACCGUCUCUGGUCUAUCACGCUCUCUCAAAGCCUCGCCCUCACGUUCAGCAGUCUCUGGACUCUUCAGGAAGACACCAAGUUGACCUAUCCGGAAAACACAUUCGACGAUCUUGUGUUCCACGCUUUCGAGAACAUCGACAACCUCGACCCGUCCAAAAACCUUUCAGUCGCAAUCACAACACCAGCUAGGAAGGUCGAAUUUCAGUGCACCCGUCUGAGCGAGGAUUCGUACCACCUCAGCCAUCAUAAGCUCGUUCCCACUGGCCAGCUUACGCGCUUUUACGGCUCCAUAGGCGUCGAUUUCGAGUGUCCUGAAGGAGGCACACCUUUUACAAGUUCAUGA